AUGGAGGAGCCUGGCAUUUUAACUCAGCCGAAACUCUCGAAUCGGAAUUAUAUCGGCGAUGUUCGCAACAUAGACAACGCAGAGAAUCGUACGUGGACAUCAGCAAGGUGUCGAAGACUUCUACGGCCUCUUCAUUCUCGAAUAAUUGCGUUACGGAAGGCUGCGGCGGUUGGGAGAGCUGGAUACGAACUUGAACCGUGUCAACAGGAUGAAGAGGUGGUGCAUCAGCCGUCAGCCAAGAGACGAAAAGUUGGAGACAGCGAAGACAACCAUGAAAACCAGAGAAAACGACCGCAUCGCACUUACUCAAGGAAGUUGUCUCCCACUUUGAUCGCUAGUACUUCAGCAAGUCAUUUAUCCCUUGGAACUAUGAGCCGGGUUCCGACUCGGGCACAACAAAAACCGCAGACCUCACAGCCCGGAAUUCCUAACGUAUCAACUCCAAUACUUCGCAAAGUAAGGUGCUAUGGGGACGAGUUCCCGCCCUCAACUACAGCCGUAUGUCAGGAGGCCAGGGACGCUUGUUUGCCUCCGAGAAUGGCAAAACGCGGGGGUUUAGACAUAGCACUGAGCAAGUUGCAGCGUGCCCGCCAUCUCUACCCAGCUUCAAGAUAUCAACUAUACGAGGGGAUUCUCCACGACCUCGAUGCGUUGCUGCGCGCGACAUCCUUCACAAAACCUUCAGCGGAUAGAAAAUCACUUUUGUCAUUUUGUCUCCGCAAAAUGCCUGAUUAUGCGGCUCACGUUGAUGCCUGGGAAAAGCUCAACACACCGAUCCAUGGGCCAGUAUCCUCGAUUAAAAAGAUCAGUUAUUCAAUUGCAAUGUACGAUGAGUUAGAAAUUUUGGGUGGCGCGGGUAAUGGCUGGAGUCAUCUUUGGGUAUUACUGAGGGCACACGCCGUUCACCUUCUACGGGCAGCAAUCACCGACGGCACACUGGAUACAACAUUCGCAUACAUUUUGAUCGAUUACUGUAAAAAGAUCGAUGGUCAGUCCAUGUCUGCGGAACUUAUAGAGGCAGUGCUCAGUAAGUCUUAUUCCGGAUCUUCAAAAAGUAACGGCACGUUGUGUAAGGAGUUACAGAGUGAGGUCCUGUUGUCCUUGGCAGACCUUGCAGAUAACGCUCACAUCACAUCUCACUUGUUCGAAAAUGUCUCGUUACUCCUGCUUCGCAAGCAACUUCCUUGUAGCAUACUGUCGUCCAAAGCUUUUGGCUCUCUAUGGACGAAAGCUGCAUCUUCGACACUUGACGAAGAAACCAAUCCUUCGGGAAUCCGUUUUACUUCCACGGGACUGGGAAUUUUAUCACUCUGCUCAUUUCCGAAGUGCAGCAGCUACAAGUCACGGGCUUUGAGGAAUGGCCCUGCUGAGCUAACGUUGGCAAGCGUAUUGGGUGCUGUCUCAGCUAUGGCAAUGGUAUCUCAAGACUUCGGGGGAACAACCAACGAAACAGAAGUAGGAUUACCAAGCCAGGUAUCAAGAGUAAUCUCGCAGAUUCUACAAGAAGCAUUGGCGCUGGUAACAAGCAAGGACGGUAGCGUUGAAGCCAGGUAUCCUUUACUGCUGGCUCUCUUCCUGUCCUCAGGCGCAAGAGACAAACACAAUAUGAGAUCAAGAUCCAGAGCAACUUUGAAGGCUAUUUGGUUCAAGGAGCGACAGAGCGUCGGGUCACGGGGCAGCGGCAACCAACGGUGCCGGCUUUACGACGCCACGAUUGCUUUGGCUUGUUCGAUUGCUCACUGCUGCGGCAAGGCCACAGGCCGGCCGUCUAGCUAUUACUUCGCCACAGUUUGCGAUCUCAUUGAUCAACUACAGGUUUCAGGUCUCGCAACGCUCCAAAAAGAUGGUGCCUUCCUUCUUGCGCAGAAAACUGACGACCUCCGCGACCUUGUCUUCGCAGAGACCCUGGCAGGAGUAUUGGCUAAGCGGGACACCAUUUUGGAAGGGAUUGGGGCCAGAGAACUCUUCGCAGGUUACCGGUGGGAAGAAGGUAUCAGCGAGUGGAUUGCCGCUAGCCCGGGUUCGAAGCGGCGCAACGUUGCCCAAGUGGCUCUGCGGCCCUGCCAAGCCGAUGGGGAAAACGAGGGGAAGGAAUAUAAGCGGUUAAGCUUGUCAGAGUCAGAACCGUUAAUGUCGGUAGCGGGGGGUUCCGGCAAAAGCGGAUGUCUGCAGCCGGCGACCAAGGCGGCGGACACACCGAACCCACAUCAAGGAAACUUCUUGAAGGGAAGGGAAAGGCGCGCGGGUAAAAGCUGUUAUCGUAAUGGUACACUCGGCAAAGUCUCGAUUCACGUGGAGGAUGGCGUUGAUGAACUCAGCAAGACAUCCCAAGAGAGUUGGUCACGAGCUGUAGGUUGUUGUCCAAUAGGCAGCAGAGUCAUUAGUUCACGGGGGGAAUGCCGGCAUCUGAUCCGGAGCGGCAAGAUGGGGCGGCGCAAGGUAUUGGCAGACCUGAGCAUUAUGAGCAAUAUGACAGGCCACAGCGGCGACGACGACGAACUGGGAUUGUAA